GAUGCUUAUAGUGACAUCUAUUCCAUCAUUCUUUCAAUGAGCAUUUCAGGAAAGCAGAUAAUGGGCCAGGACCUGCAUUAGCAGCUUCUCUCCAUUAGGCAAUAACAAGGAAAAAAAAAUUCACAAAUAGCACAAACAGACCUUUUUCCACCAAACUUUAACCUUUCAUUCAGGGAGACAAGGUUCUACAUGGUAUAUAGGACACAUCCCGCACUUCUAACCAUUGCUUAGCAAAGCAUGCUUUCAAAUACAGGAACAUUUUCUCAGUGAUUUAGCCUAUAAAUAGCACCAGAAGUAAACACUAAACAUACACUAUUAAGCAUAAAUUAACUCUAAUAUGUUUUGCCUAUAUAUUUAAUGUGUAUUUAAUAUAAUAAUUAUCUCAAUUUCUUGAAAACUUUGCUCUUGGGGGAUCCAACCUCAGAGAAGCUUAUUUUCAUUGCUGGAAAUGCAAAGAAAAUGUGCUGCAGAAACAAUUUAUACACCCUUGCUGGCACUGAAUUGCAGCUGCACUGGCUGUGCGUGAUAUGGCUGCUGUCAAUGAAGGCAGUUGUAUGCAGAGCACUGCUGGGCUGUCGGCUGCAGCUACCGAAGGGCACGUUGCAGUAUUUUGGUGAUAUUUGAAGAUGCAGACAGAUGUUGGGAAGACAAAGUGACCACAUUGAGCAAAGCACAAGAACGAAGGCAAAGUUUCAUCUCACUCUGUUGUCCAAACUGAUAAAGUCCAGAAGUCUAGAAAGAGCAAGGGACUCCCUUCCUCUGUUAUAUGUAAGCUGACAAGAGGCAGACAAACACAUUCUGAAGUUUUGUGCAUGCUGCGUUUUCUGUCCUUGCUGCAACAAGAAAAGCCUUUGUUUUCCAACCUGGCAACCUUUGAAGAAGUGACUCAGACAUCUUCAUGGCCUCUAAAGAUGCCCAGAACCAAAGAAGAGGUAUCCCUGGUUUUCUUCCUGGAGCUCCAGACCCGGACCAAAGCCUUCCUGCCUCUUCCAAUUCAGGGAACCAAGCAUGGCAGCUGAGUCCCCCUCUGCCAAGCAGUUUCCUGCCAACAGUCAGUCUCCCUCCUGGUCUAGAAUAUUUAAGCCAGUUAGACCUGAUAAUUAUACACCAGCAGGUGGAGCUGCUUGGAAUGAUACUUGGUACUGAGACCUCCAACAAAUAUGAGAUUAAAAACAGCUUGGGACAAAGAAUUUACUUUGCAGUGGAGGAAAGCAUCUGCUUCAAUCGUACUUUCUGUUCCACUCUGCGAUCUUGCACCCUGAGGAUCACAGAUAACUCAGGUCGAGAGGUCAUUACAGUGAACAGGCCCUUGAGAUGUAACAGCUGCUGGUGCCCUUGCUACCUACAAGAGUUAGAAAUCCAAGCCCCUCCUGGUACUAUAGUUGGUUACGUUACACAGAAGUGGGACCCCUUUCUGCCUAAAUUCACAAUCCAAAAUGCAAACAAAGAAGAUAUUUUGAAAAUUGUUGGUCCUUGUGUGACAUGUGGCUGUUUUGGCGAUGUGGAUUUUGAGGUGAAAACCAUUAAUGAAAAGCUUACAAUUGGGAAGAUUUCAAAGUACUGGUCAGGAUUUGUAAAUGAUGUCUUCACAAAUGCUGACAAUUUCGGAAUUCAUGUUCCUGCAGAUCUAGAUGUAACAGUCAAAGCAGCGAUGAUCGGUGCCUGUUUUCUCUUUGAUUUUAUGUUCUUUGAACAUUCACUGGCUGGAUUAUAAUAACCAAGAUAAUGAAAACAAUAAAAUAUGCAGAACAUAUUUCAAAAUCCCUUGGGCUCUGGAUUUCAUUUCUGAAUGGUUUGAAUGUUUGCUUUUUUGUAAGAAAAAAAUGUUAAUUAUUAUAUUUAUUAAAACAGUUUAAUGAGGCAA